CUAUAUAGAAUAGUGGAUUAAAUCAUUGCAUGCUACUAUCUGCUCGAUCGUUUUUGGUUUUCAAUAUUUUGUUUGUGUGAUUCAAUGCUUCGAUUUGAUCAAAUCUCAUUGAUUCACACGGACACAUUUGUAUUUUUUUCGAUCGUCCACUUGGUUAUUAUUUAUCUGAUUGAUUUGUUCCUGGAACCUAGUUUAUUAUAAUUAUUAACAACAAAAAUUUCCCAAGAUUUACAAGAAAGAAAUCUCGAACAAAAUGUCGGCAACACUUCGUCCAUAUUUAUUGGCUGUACGGCGAACAUUGGAAGCUGCCAUUUGUUUGAUAAAUUUCAAUUCACAAGUGGUCGAAAGACAUAAUAAACCUGAAAUUGAAGUUAGAUCAAGUAAAGAAUUGCUCCUGAAUCCUGUGAUUAUAUCAAGAAAUGAACGUGAACGUGUGUUGAUCGAAUCGAGUAUUAAUUCGGUUCGAAUUUCGAUUGCAAUCAAACAAGCCGAUGAUAUUGAAAGUAUUCUAGCGCAUAAAUUUACACGUUUUAUGAUGAUGCGUGCAGAUAAUUUUGUGAUAUUACGGCGUAAACCAGUGAAAAUGUCCUUUACAACGAAUGGCCAAACAGUUGGAACAUUAACAUUAUCACAACAACAGCGAACACCCACCGGAUCAUAUUCAUCAAUCAAUGGAUUCAAAGAUAGCAAUGGUCCGCAAUAUGAUUAUGAUAUAUCAUUUUUAAUUACAAAUUUUCAUACAGAAUCAAUGUAUCGAUUUAAAUUGAUUGAUUUUAUCAUACAUUUUAUGGAAGAAAUUGAUAAAGAAAUCAAUGAAAUGAAAUUAGCAAUCAAUGCACGUGCUCGUAUAACUGCUGAAGAAUUUUUGAAAAAAUUUUAAACAUGAAAAAAAACUAUGAAAAUUCAACAUCUUAUACGCAAAUGAUUCACAUAUACAUUUUUGCACAAACACACAAGUACAAACAGUUUAAAUAUCAAUAACAUGUUUCAUAUAUUCUUUGUUCACUAAAUUCCAUAAUGAAUUUGUCUAAUUAAAAAACAAAAGAAAACAAUGCC